AUGGAGAGUCAUGAGAAUAAAUUUAAAAGCAAAGCAAAAAUUACUAACAUACCCAGAAAGCCAAGUAAAUUAGGCCUAGAAACCCAAACCUCUUUAAAGAAUGCAGAAUUGAGAAAUACACUAGAGUAUACAAUAUAUAAUCAGAUUAAAACCUGGAAAGAUAAUAAAAUAUCUAAUAAGGAUUUGGAAGAUCUAGAUGGAAAGUAUUUGGUAUGUAAUCUCGAGUUUGAUGAGAAAAAAAAUGUUAAUAUUGACAGUAAGCAUCAGGAUAAAAAGAAAGUAAAAGCAAGCAUAUUAAGUCCAUUGAUGUUUAGUUUUACUAAAAAAGAUGCUACCAGUUUAGAAUUGAAAGAAUCUUUUGAUGAUUCAAAUCAUAAAACUGAAAAUUAUAUUAAUAAAUCUUACCAUAAUCAAUGUAAUCUUGAGAACUCGAAAAUAAAACUUUCAAUAGAAAAUUUACUUAAAUUGAAUGAAAUACUAAGAAUGAAUUUAGAGGGUGAAACACCAACUGUUGUUUCAUCUUCUGAAACUCAACUUGAAUUAGAUCAAAGUACUUGGGAUGAAUUAUUUUGUGAUGUUAAUGACAAUUCUUCAAAAAUUGAUUUUCUUGAAAAGUUAACAGAUCAAAUUACAACAAGCAUUAAGAGCUUGAUAAUGGGAGAGGCAUUAUUGGGAGCUGAUAAUGCAAGGCAAAUGCUUAUAUUUGAGUUGAAGUCACUUCAGAAAUUGUUUGAUGAAGAUAAACAAGAAGAGAUUUCCAAAUCAAUUGAAUGUUUGUUAGCUCAGACUGGUUCUGAUCAUGAUAUUAAGAUGCUAAUUUUUAAGAUUGAUCAAAUUAGAUCUGCUUUGAAGCACUUUAACCUUUCAAAUAGGUUUCAAGAUUUCAAUUUUGGAUAUAAUAAUUUACCUAAUGAUGAAACAGAAAUUGGUGAAAGGAUACUACAUACAAAUCAAACAAGUAACUUUUUUGCUAAACAUAAAUUGCUCAAGAUUAAUAAGUGGCACAGACAGUCAAAUCCCUCAUUAGAAAAACCUACAAGCAAUAAUGCAAAUGGAGAAAGUAAUUUAAACAAUCAUCACUUUUUUCUUCAUCAUGAUGGUCAUUCUCAUCACCGUCAUAUUCUUUCUCAUUAUAAGUACCACCAACAUCGAAAUAUUAGUAAUAACAGCGAAAAAGCUUCAGAAUUUGGUAAAAAAGAAGAAAACUUUGAUCAUUCUCCUAAUGAACUCGAUAUCCAACCAUUUUCUCCUAAUAAUAUUGAUGGUUGGAAUAUAGAAUAUUCAAAAGGUAUUUCAUUAUCAUAUAAAAUAGAUUCAUCUUUAAAUGGACAGCUAUCUAUAAAUGUGAUCAUAAAGAGUGAUAUUAAAUGUAAAUUAAUUAAUUUAAUUACCAUUUUAAACGAAGUUGAACUUUCAAAUAUGUGGGUGCCAUAUAUGUCUUAUUCAAAAUGUUUCUACAACUUCAGCCGUGUAAGCAAGCUAGUACAACAGGUUUACGAUUUACCUUGGCCAAUAGGACAAAGAGAAAAUAUUAUGUUUUGCUUCGGAGUAGACACUUUAAGAGAGCACAACUGUAUCAUGAUUUCUUGUGGGGACCCUCAAUCUUCGAAAAAUAAAUUUUUUGGAGUAAAUAUUCCUGAUCCACCUCCAAAAGUACCUAGGGAAAAGUGUAGCUAUCUCUUAUUCAUUCUAACUCCUUCAGACAAUGACAAAUUUCUCACUACUCUAGAGAUGUUCUCCAGCUUUUGUGUGACAAAAUAUGUUCCAGUUAAACUAGCAUCAUUCUUAAUUAAAAGAAUGACCAAAAAAAUGUAUACAGACAUUACAAAUUUAGCCUCAAAUCUUAAUGGCUCCCCUUAUGAAACUGCUUAUAACAAUAAUUUGCAACUCUAUUCAUGGCUAGAUAUGAAAUUAACACAACACUAUGAAUCUAAGCAAAGAAAAAGUGAUUAA